GCGUGGCAGGGUGGAUGACGUCACGGGCUAGGGAACAGUGAGCAGCCUGUGAAGCAUCCAGCCUGCCGAACAAGCCUGCUUUUGGGGUCAGGAACUGGUCUGACAAGAGAAUGGCAAUCCUGCCGCCUUCAAACUGUCACUAGGACCUGGAGCGGAAGAGGAUGAAUCCACCAGAGGUGCUGGCUCACAGGCGAAACACGGACCGAGAGAAUGUGAAGACAUAUUUCAGGACGUUGUGAGUGCUACUAAAGAUGUCUGAUAGUGUCGAUAUUGAAGAGAAACCACCAGCCCCUCCCUUGAGAAUGAACAGUAGUUCCCGAGACUCUUCAUCAGUGAAUCCUGCCUCUAAACCGCUUCCAAUGGCUCCCGAAGAGAAAAUCAAGAAGGUGCGCCUGCGCUCCAUCUUCCCUGGAGGAGAUAAGACAAACAAGAAGAAGGAGAAGGAGCGUCCAGAGAUAUCCCUCCCCUCCGACUUUGAACACACCAUCCAUGUUGGCUUUGACGCAGUAACAGGAGAAUUCACAGGGAUCCCAGAGCAAUGGGCGCGGCUUCUACAGACCUCCAACAUCACCAAACUGGAGCAGAAGAAAAACCCACAAGCCGUAUUGGACGUCCUCAAGUUCUACGACUCCAAAGAGACCGUCAACAACCAGAAGUACAUGAGCUUCACCUCAGGAGACAAGUCCGCACAUGGUUACAUAGCAGCAAACACUCUGAAUCGACUGCUGUCAUCUGGGCCACCGGUCAGCCUUAGAACCUGCAGCGCAUUAUUUGACAAGGGUGCCAAAACAUCAACUUCAGAACCCCCCAUCGCGCCGCCUGUGUCAGAAGAGGAGGAUGAGGAGGAAGAGGAAGAAGAGGAGGAGGAGGAAGAUGAAGACGAUGACGACGAUGAACUUCCACCGGUCAUUGCGCCUCGACCUGAGCACACCAAAUCUAUCUACACACGCUCAGUCAUGGACCCACCCAAGCCUCCCACUCCUGUCCAAGAGGUGGUGACGCCACCCGAGUCGCAGGUCCAGCCCGACAACACAUCCAGCACAAUGUAUCGUAACACGGACCGCCAGAGGAAGAAGUCCAAAAUGACAGAUGAGGAGAUCCUGGAGAGACUCAACUCAGGGAGUAUCGUGAGUGUCGGGGAUCCUAAGAAGAAGUACACGCGCUUUGAGAAAAUAGGACAAGGGGCUUCUGGCACUGUGUAUACCGCCAUCGACAUAGCAACAGGCCAAGAGGUGGCCAUCAAGCAGAUGAACCUGCAGCAGCAACCCAAGAAGGAGCUGAUCAUCAAUGAGAUUUUAGUGAUGAGGGAAAACAAGAACUCUAAUAUAGUCAACUACCUGGACAGUUACCUGGUAGGAGAUGAGCUGUGGGUGGUGAUGGAGUAUUUGGCCGGCGGCUCGUUGACAGACGUGGUGACCGAGACCUGCAUGGACGAGGGUCAGAUAGCAGCGGUUUGCAGAGAGUGUCUUCAGGCGCUGGACUUCCUCCACUCCAACCAGGUGAUCCACCGAGACAUAAAAAGUGACAACAUCCUUUUGGGCAUGGAUGGAUCGGUCAAGCUGACCGACUUUGGCUUCUGCGCCCAAAUAACUCCGGAGCAGAACAAGCGCAGCACAAUGGUGGGGACGCCUUACUGGAUGGCACCGGAGGUGGUGACCCGGAAGGCUUACGGCCCAAAAGUGGAUAUCUGGUCUUUGGGAAUCAUGGCCAUAGAAAUGGUGGAGGGUGAACCGCCGUACUUAAAUGAGAAUCCACUCAGGGCCUUGUAUCUGAUCGCUACCAAUGGGACACCGGAGCUCCAGAACCCAGAGAGACUGUCCUCUGUCUUCAGAGACUUCCUUAAUCGUUGCCUGGAGAUGGACGUGGACCGCAGAGGUUCUGCCAAGGAGCUGCUUCAGCAUUCCUUCCUCAAGCUGGCCAAGCCGCUGUCCAGCCUAACGCCUCUGAUUGUAGCUGCCAAGGAAGCCAUAAAGAACAGCAGUCGCUAGGGGGCGCCCUCUAUGCUCACCCAAGUCUGCAGCCCUGCUUGUGCGUGCAGGCCGGGUCAUGUGACGGCACAAAGCGGGAGGGGGUCCGAGUGGAGCUCUCUCCCCCUUGCUUUUACGUACUGUAGGACGGAUGUCGGCCUUGCAGCCUCUUGGCCCCGUGCUGCUACUAAAAAGGACACGUUUUUAUUUGCGCUCAUGUACAUGUAGAGCAAUCCAUCACUAGUGUGUGUCUGUGUGUGUGUGUAUGUUCUGUAAGGGGGAAAACAGUCGCUUCAAAACCAAAAAAAGAGGACAAAAACGCCCUCGAAGAAGAGCUUUUGGUCGUGUUUUCUCGUGUGCGGUGCUAGAACAGGCCACGCCCACACCUGCAGUCACUGUACUCAGUAUGAGUAGGUGUGUGUGUGUGUGUGUGUGUGUGUGUGUGUGUGUGUGUGUGUGUGUGUGUGUGUGUGUGUGUGUGUGUGUGUGUGUGUGUGUGUGUGUGUGUGUGUGUGUGUAGUUACAGAGGGAAAGCAAGGUUCAUUUAACACACUUAAAACCUUAAAGGUGCGGUUUGCAAUUUCCUUACAGUAACAUUUUUCUAAGCAAAAAAACAUAAGAACACUACUGGGUAGCUUGUUGCCAUAAGUGGGUUAACAGAACUCAUUUGUUUGACAAUUUUCUAUAUUUUUCACAAUUACACAGUUUAUGAAAUGGUUUGAUGGGUGUUUACGACGUAGGAAACCUGUGUACACGUACAAGACCAGUUCGGGAGAAGCAACAAUUUGCAGUCAUGUUGUUUUAUAUGAUGGAAUGUACAGCUAAUGCUAGCUAUCCAAAUUGUUAUUUGCUAUUGUUUGCUAGCAGCGCCUAAAGCAAAUGUGCGUGCAUCUGUUGCGUACGUUCGUAAUGACGUCAUUACGUAGGAGAAGUGGUAAGAGGGCGGGAUACGUUGUGUCAAAUACAUUGGAAACUUGGCGCCCUACUUGCAUUUGUGUAAAUUUUGCGAACAGGCCAUACAAGAUAGACGAUACACUGAGGAUCCAAAAGAGAUCCCCUCAUAAAAGUGUCAUUCGUCUGUUAGCAAUAAAAUGUCAUAAAUAACGGAAAAAUGCAAAUUAUGAAACAUUUUAGUUGUGUAACGAUUUGUUUUAACGAUUCAAUUUGAUAUUAUGGUUGCCGAUAUGAUUCAGGGAUGAUAAUUUAUUUUUAUUUUUUUUUUUAAGAGCGUUAUGAUACGAAACAAUUCAGCGAGUUGAAAGUUCAGUAACUUUUUAGCAAAACAUUUAAGCAGUGUGACUGUGAAAUAGAUACUGAGUACAGGACACUGCAGGUGAAGUUUCUCAUAUUCCUGAUAUUUAUUGUAAGAUCAAUUGUGUAUAAAUGAAUUAUGGAUACAAAAAAGCAAAACUUGCCGAGCACAGAUCGAUAUACUUGAAAUUUAAGAAUAUCAAUUGAUGUAUCGAUCAAUCGUUACACUACUACAAUAUUUCUUAAAAUAGGUUGGAGGAAAAUAUUUGAGGUCAGGUAAUUCAAGUGUCGAAUAGGUCAGUCAUUUAUUAAAAUUGAUUUUGAUACAGUCGACAGAAAAACUGUGCCCCCUGAGCGACAAUGAGAGAAAGCAGGCAGGACUUGGUUGAGUUUAUUGAGUUCACACAAGUCUUUCAUACAGCUGUCAUGUUUUAUAUAACUGCCCGAGAUCAUUUUUAUUGCAUUUUAGCGGUUUAAUGAUAGUUUAACUCAUUUACGCUCAUCAAAGCUCUGAGAAUUAUGCCCAGUUAAAGUCAUCAAAGCGGAAAGAAAUAUGCUCAUGGUUUCCUGGCGCUAUCUGGAGGUUAUUUAUACCAAAACAGAAUGUUCUUGUUUUUUAAAAUGGACGAACAUUUGAUCCAUUAGGUUUUCAUGGAAAACAACUAAUAUACCAGGGUUAGUUUGCUAAAAAACUGUUAUAAUGGGAGUCAAUGGUGCCAAAAAAGUUCUUAAGAGAAAGUGUGCUUACUUUGUUGAUAUAGCUAACCACGUAGCAAUUCAAAACCAAAAAUAAUAUCUUAUUGGAAAAAAAAUGGGGAAAAACCUUCAAGUGAAACGUAAUCAUCUUACACAAAAAAUGUAACAUGUAAAGCCUGUUUUGGGGCCUAGGGGUGCACAAGGGAUAACUAAACUGGGUUUGAGUCUUUUAAUUGGUCCGGCUGCAUUCUUAUUUUAUUUCAUUUGAUCUCAUUUCCAACAAUACAGAUACGAAUACUUAAUCCUAAGACAAUAAAUCCGUCUCUACAUUGUCAGCUGUAUACAUUAUUUUAAAAUAGUGUAUAAAUUUGAGCAGCAUGCUUUUUAAAUAAGACUAUUUAAUUUUCCUGAAGGAACUCUCCUGAAGGAAUCAAUAAAGUACUAUCUAUCGAUCGAUCGAUCGAUCUAUCUAUCUAUUCGUUGUUAAAAGGGAACUGCACUUUUGGGGGGGGAAUUUUGCCUGUUUUUCACAAUCAUGAAAGACAUGACGACGGAUGAUUUUUUUUUUUUGUGCAUUCUAAAUAUUAAACAAACGUAAAUAAUAGUCAGCUUACAGCGGCGCCAAUGGGAACUCACUAUUCUGCCCUAAAAAUCUGAUGAUGCAUUCAAAAAGCGCCAACAAUACUCUAUUCACAUUUCCUGACUUGAAUUUUAACCAAGUAUACUCUAAGUCAUAUUGUUAUUAUAAGCGCUAACGCAGACAAACUAUUUAGAGUGUCGCCAUGAUCACUACCGUGUGUCCCUACGUUUACAUUAUAUGCUGUUUCCUUGCUUCCCUGCUCUUUGUAAGUUCCGACAAGUUGGGACACUUUGACAGCCGUUUCCGACCUGGAACUGGCUAAGACGACGCGUAAAGCACUUGUAUCACCAUUUCCUGGUGGAGUCUGGAAAUGUGUGUUCUCAUACUGACUUGUGGAGGUCGCUUUUCCCCACGUAACUACACUAGUGCGUGUGUGUGCGCGUUCUUGUCUUCCAACGCACUUCCAAAAUAUCCUUUCAUCCAAUGACACUGUGUGUGUGUGUGUGUGUGUGUGUGUGUGUGUGUGUGUGUGUGUGUGCGCGCGCGUGCGUGCGUGCGUGCGUGCGUGCGUGCGUGCGUGCGUGCGUGCGUGCGUGCGUGCGUGCGUGCGUGCGCGCGUGUGCGCGCUACCUCAGGCCAGGCCUCCACCGUGACAGGAGGUGCAGGGUAGCUGCUCACCCCCAUGUUUGUACAGCAGAGGUCCACCAGAUGAAGGAGUGAUGCAACACAAGUCAUGCAUGUUAAACAACCAAUAGUGUAUCUCAUCAUUCACAUAGGUUAAGAUUGUUAGAAUAUGUAUGUAUGUAAAUAUAACGGGGUGACAAGCCCCGCCCCCGCCUCUCCACCAAUCCUCCCUUUUUUUUUUUUUUGUGGCAAAUUUAUGUAAGAAUCUGCAGGCUGCAUUAUGAUAAAUGUUGUUGCAUCCUGCAAAUGGCAGAAAAGAACACACACUUCUGUCUUGGGACACCCGAGUAUUUGUGUGCCUGUGAGGACCUUUCGCUGAGAGUACUCAUGUCCAGUACACGUGCGGACUUCUGAGCACAAAACCAAGGUGAAGAUGGGGAAGACUCUGACCGCCACCAUUUUGUGUGGUCGCUCCUGUACAUUCCUAUCUUCUCAAUCUGUCAAUCUGUACACGUGCUGUGACAAUUCCUCUUAUGUGUAUCAAGAGAAUGGAACAAAGACAAAAAAAUGUUACUUUUUAAAUUAUUCUACUUCUUACUCUUAUUAUUGUCUAGCUUUGUAAAAAAAAAAAAACUGCUGAUCAAUCCGGCGUACUUCAGCAGCACCCCCUCACCACCACCUGUUCACCCCCCACCCGCCUCCUCGCCUUUGGAAAAGGACAAAAUGAGCGAUGGGAGACAUGAGGUUUUGCAUAAAGUAUUUUUGUGGUUGAAGCAAUAGACUUUUUGAACUUUGAAUUGUGCAUGGCUGUGUCUUGAGUGUAAACAAAAACAAAAAAAAGAAAACAUCACAGUUUGGGAACUGGAGUGAAAUAAAAGGAGGAAACGAG